AUGGCUUCACAAACUUACGACUACAUCGUUGUUGGAGGUGGCCUUGCAGGCUGCGUUCUCUCCAGCCGCAUUCGGCAGUACGAGGACGCAGCCAAGAUACUCCUCAUUGAAGCUGGAAAAGAAACGCGUGGCCGCUCGGAUGUCCAAAACAUGCAGGUUUUGAACCUAGGCGGCGAAUUGGACUGGCAGUAUCAGUCAGAGCCCGUUGAAGGACUUACGGGGCGACGGAUCACUCUCAACGCUGGGAAGGGUCUGGGCGGCAGCUCAGCUAUCAACUCAGGUGGCUGGACUCGUGGUGCUGCGGCAGACUACGACGAGUGGGCAGCCCUCUUCGAUGAUACGAACCCGGAGCAGCACGGCAGAGAUGGGCCUAUCCGUGUAACUUGCGCCAAGGCAUCUAAUCGCGUGUUCCCUCUUGCUGAGACAGCCGCUGCUGGAUGGGAAGAGCUUGGCGUUUCAACCCUGCCAGCCGGCGAUCAGAACAGCGGGAACAAUCUCGGGCGCGCUUACAUCUGUGAGGCGAGAUGUGAUGGUAAACGCGAGUGGUCUGCCAGUCAGUACUCAUUGGAAGGAGUCCAAGUUCGUCUCGAGACUUUGGUGAACCGUGUCGUCAUCCAGAAAAUCGAUGGGCAUCUCAAAGCCACUGGUGUUGAGCUGGCCGACGGUAGCGUUGUUAAUGGUCAGAACAUCAUAAUCUCCGCUGGUGCAUUCCGAUCUCCUCAAAUCCUUCAGCUCUCUGGUAUCGGUCCGAAAACUCAUCUUCAGGAGUUUGGCAUUGAGCCACUCGUCGAUCUUCCAGAGGUUGGCAAGAACUUAUCUGAUCAUAUGAUAUUCUUCCAGCACUGGCGGCUACGUGAUCCUUCUGCUGGGCAUACUAUUGGGUCCUCCAAUCCUCUCUUUCAACAACCCCAAUACUCACAAGGUGUACCUUUUGACUGGAUCGUCAACACCGGCAUUCCAAGGGAGGGCCUCGCGAAAGCUAUUGAAAGAGAUGAAGGGACAGAACCGCGUGAAUCCGAGCAUGUUCUUCUCGCGAAAGAUAGAACAUUUGUCGAGAACAUUAUCAUGUUUGCUAAACUUCCUUUUCCUGGCGUCCCCAUGGAUGCAGAGCAUAUUACUAGUGCCUUGGUAAGCUUUCUGCCUACCUCGACAGGCUCUGUGUCAUUGAAGUCUGGGAAGCCUGGCGAACAUCCAAAGGUGAAUCUCAAUUAUCUGUCCACCGAGGUAGACAAGUAUGUCUUUCGUGAAGGAUUACGCCAAUUGACGAGAUUCAUGCUGGAGUCCAAAUUUAGUGACGAGAUCAUUGGAGAAUCAAUUCCCGAAGGCCUUCCCGCCGAAGCUCUUGCACUGGAUGAUAGUGAUGUUAAGUUGGACCAGAGGGUAGCUAUGACUGGCGGCACCUCUUGGCAUCCUUCAGGUACUUGCUCUAUGGGGAAAGUAGUUGACACGGAGUUUUGCGUUACAGGCGUUAAAGGACUUCGAGUUGUUGACGCAUCAGUGAUCCCGGUGCCAUUGAGCGCACAUCUUCAAGCUCCCCUCUAUGCGCUUUCAGAGCAGGCAGCAGCUAUUAUCACUGGGAAGGUAUAG